AACGCUCAUUUACUCAUUUUGACAACACUUGGAUGGUGACAUUAGAAGCAGGCGACAUCACAACAUUCAUCUCAAGUGACACGAUUGACUAUUCGAGCUCAACACAGGACUGUGGCCAACUGCUCGUUACCGGCCAGGCAAUUGAUGGUUUGACACAAUGGCCGCCUAUCUCGCCGAACAUGUGCAGCAUCUUCAAUCACUUCACACCUUGCUAGGUCUUCCACCUGACGCUCUGAAAUCAGAUGAAGCGCAUAUAGAAUCAGCGAUCAGAGAGGCUGUGUCGACACUGAUAAGCAACAGAGAGGAGGAAGUUGAAAGCUGGAAAGCCAAGAUUGAGCAAGCUGGCGUUGACCUACAAGGCGUACAAGUGGCAAUCGGAGAAAGGGCCGUCAAGCAUCAUGCUGUAGAUUCCGGAGUGGCCCUCCCAACACAAUGGGACGAGAUGAUACGACGGCGAGGACAGUUCGAGCAGAGCUAUCAAGAGCGAAUGAGGCGUAUCGAUGGACUACGAAGUCAGAUAGACGCCCUGGCCAGCUUGCUCGGUCCCCCGGUCGAACCUGCCUUACCCCCUCAGCCCAUUGCCAGCUCGUCAAAAGGCGGACCUUCUCCCACUUGGCUAGCUGUUGGUGACGAUGUCUUGCGGUCAUACGAAGCCUUGCUGCAGAGGGCUAUUGAGGAGCGCGAAUCACGGACGCAACAACUGUAUGAUCAUUUUCGAGAUUUGCUCUUCUUCCAUGUCGAGCUGGCUUUACCGUCAUUACCUUCAUCCUCAUCUUCCAGCAACGAUUUUCCACCCUCAUUGAUGAGCAAAAGCGGUUCGAAUGUCGAGACAUAUCGAGACACUCUAUCCGAGUAUAUUCGUAUCAAUGCUCCAGCGAUGAAUGCGGGAAACGAGGACGAGGAUGAGGAUUGGACCAAAGGCCUGGAAGGAAUCGAGCCGGAUCGUAGCCUCAUACAAUGGCUGGAGGAGAUGGUAGCGAUGUGGACUGCCGAGCGUGAUGCGCGAAUCUCCCGCAUACAAGAGCUGUACGACAGACUCGAGCCAAUGUGGUCGAGAUUGGAAAUAGACCAAGAGACUCAAGACCUUUUCAUCGAGAUGAAUAGAGGAUGCGGCAUGACAGUCAUCAGUGCAUACGAGGACGAGCUGGAGCGUUGUAUGGAUCUCAGGAGAUCUAGUCUUUCAGCGUUCAUGGUUGCGGCUCGCCAAGAACUGGAAGAGCUUUGGAAUGCUCUGCUUUACAGUGAAGAGGAGCGUAGGGAGUUCGGUCCCUUCAUUGAUGAUGACUACACGGAGGAGCUAUUGCUGUUGCACGAAGAAGAAACCGAAAGGCUCAAGAUGGAGAUGGAAAGCAAAGUGACCCUUCUGCCCAAGGUCAAAGAAUGGCAUGGACUUAAGCUGGAAGAGGAGGAGCUCGAAGUGUUGGCGAACGAUCCUCAGCGAUUCUCCAGACGAGGAGGCGCGAUGUUGAGGGAGGAAAAGCUGAGGAAGAGGGUCGGGAACCUCCUCCCCAAGGUUGAGAAUGACCUGCUUGUCUUGCUACCGCAAUGGGAGUCGGAGCAUCAACGACCAUUUACUGUCAACGGUAUCAGCAUCGUAGAGCAGAUUUACGAAGCGCGGGAAGCGAAAGAGGCGGCAAAAGAGGCCAAGAAACGCGCAAAGCAAGGACUCGCACCGACGGCCGCCCUGGCUCCCGCCAGAUCUGUGAAAGCUACACCUGCGGUCAAGAUCGCACGAGGUAUGCCUGGCUCUGUGAUGGCCAGCGCUGUAUCCAGAAAACGCGAAGCUCCGACCCCGACACCUUUUGGACGUAUGGGCACAGUGAUGAAAAAGCAAAAAACAGGUCUCAACAUGACAAGCAUGAAACCUGCAGCAUCUGCUGGCGGUACACGUAUACCAUCAGGAAAAUCUCGAAUGGCCGACCCUACGUCUAGUCCAACACCUCUCCCGAGGGCUGAUCCGGGUUAUGAGAGCUCGAGGAUACCGUCAUUUUCUCUGAAAGCACCUGCUGGUAGAAGGCAGAGCUUUAAACCUCGUCAAAGUCAAUCCAGGGGAUUGUUUCAAAAGUUGAGACAGAGCAUGGAGUUGGCAGAAGAGGUGGAUGAGGUGGAGAUAUUCUGAGAGGGUCAAUGCGACCAAAUCUGAUUUUAUAGUUGUAUACUUGUGUACAUGCAAAUGCUUGAGUGCU